CCGUGGUUGAGUGAAGAAGUGCCUCUCUCGCUCACCCAGUUGAUACCAUAGUGCGCUCUUUGAACUUAGAAAAAUUUUCACCAUGCCGAGGUCGUUCCUCAUCAAGAAGGCGGGCGGCGCCGCCAACUACAGCCACUGCCCGCUUAAAAAGCGACCGGUUCACAUCAUCAAAGAUGAACCGGAUGAUGUAAAAAUGGAAAUGGACACAGUCGAGCCGGAGAACCUGAGCACCAAACCACAAGACCUGAGCGUUCGGCGCCCCGAGUCACCUGUGUCGCCGCCACCCCUGGUGAUCGCAACGACGCCUUCGCCGCCACCUCCGGCUUCUCUGCCGACGCCGCCACCCUCCCUGCACCACCCGUACUACCUCAAGCCGACCGGCGGGGUGCUCGAGCCCCUGAGUCUGAACACGCCGGUGGCCCCCGAGCAGAUGUGCUGGCCGCCGAUGCCGCAGCCGCGCCACCACCACCAGUUCUACUACCACCCCACCGUGGCCCCGGCGGCCAUCCGGAGGGCCCCCGUCACCACCCUGUACCCCCCGCCGGCCCUGUCGCCGUACGCACCCCCGAGGGCCGCCUCCUCGUCGCCCCCGGCCCACCGCCUCUACUCGGCCGCCUUCGCGCCGCCCUUCCCUGGCGAGGGCCACCACGAGCUCAACCUUCUCUCCCCCUCGAGUUCCUCGGCCUCGUCCACCGAAAUCCUCGGCGUCGAGGACCUGAGCCGUCCGGCCCGCAACAAACCUGCGGGCGGCCAAAGGUACAGCUGCCCCAACUGCAGCAAGAGCUACUCGAGUUUCUCUGGCCUGAGCAAACACCGCGCCCUCCACUGUCCGGCCGCCGCGGGGUCGACGGCCUCGGACGACGACCACGCCAACAACAACGCGCAGCCCAAGUCGUUCAGCUGCAAGUACUGCGAGAAGACGUACGUGUCGCUGGGCGCCCUGAAGAUGCACAUCCGGACGCACACGCUGCCCUGCAAGUGCAAACUGUGCGGCAAGGCCUUCUCGCGGCCCUGGCUGCUGCAGGGCCACAUCCGGACGCACACCGGCGAGAAGCCCUUCUCCUGCCAGCACUGCCGGCGCGCCUUCGCCGACCGCUCCAACCUCAGGGCGCACCUGCAGACCCACUCGGACGUCAAGAAGUACUCCUGCCAGCACUGCAGCAAGACCUUCUCGCGAAUGUCCCUGCUCGGCAAACACAUCGACGGCGGCUGCUCCGGCCUCAGCCAGCACACCGUCGACAACAUCAUCAUGCAACAACAGAUGCAGCCCAUGCAACCGGUCCACUGAAGAAUUUUUACUCAAAAAUUUCUCAUCCAACACAAACGUGCCUUGUACAUUUCGACGCUCCGAGUACCUCUCUAGCCGUGAAACAGCAUUGCCAUAUAUUUAUUUUUUGCAUUCAUUUUUUUUAUGUGUUCGGUCACAAUUUGGCAAAAUGUUCACCCCACGUGCCUUUACUUUUUUUAUGUGUACAGAUUUAUUUCACUCUCGCUUUUCCCCGUUAAUUUAUUACACAUGUACAUUCCUAUAUUGCGCGUCACAAAUGCUUUUUCUGUACAUUGAUUACUUUCGAUUCCACCGAUUAUCGUUGUAAGUUUAGUUGAUAAUUCAUCCUAUUGUAUUUGAUUUUGACAUUCCCUAGUCAAUGGCAUAACGCGAAAAGCGGUGCAGCCUCACAUGUGCACAAACGAUAUCGCUUUACUACAUAAUUUGUACGAAAUGUCGAAAUAAUAAUUCCAAUACGCAGUGUGUAUUUCUAAUUUUAUGUAAUUCUUGUCGCGACUUAAGCGUUGAUUGACGCCAGCCGCUGUUACUUUUGCAUUUUUGUAAUAAAAUAAAAGUGAAAACAACCUGAAUAUGGUUCAAAAGAAA